AUGAGAGCGACAGCCUCCAACCCAACAGAAGACCACUACGAACGGGGCGCGCUUGCUUCAGACGACGACCCAACAUCAUCUUCCGGCUCUUCAUCCUCAGAAAGUGAAAGCGAGGAGGAAUAUAGCGAAGAAGAAGAAGAUCAAGAGCUGCAUGGCGACCACGAUACCACGAUCCCCGCCCUCGCCCCCGCCCCGUCAAUGCCUCAUAUCGCUGGUCGUCCUAAGCCCAACAUACAUUCCAUGGAAGGAGGCUCAGACCUGUUGUCGCGCUUGGGCCAAGAUAUGGUUUUGGAUUCUGUCAACGACGAUGGCAAAGAUUAUAUUGAGAUGAAUCUCGGAUUAGGAGUCCUUGAGGAGAAACGUGGCGAGAAUGAUGAUUCAUCUAGUGCCGAUGAGGGUGAUGAUGAAGGCCCUGACGGAGACUCGCAGAUGUCCAAAGACAAGGGAGACUCGGACCUUCUUGGACAGCUCAUGGGCGGAAUCACUUCCAAGUCUACAGACAAACCGUCAAUUGAAGAGAUGGCGGACUAG